CUGCCGAGAGCCAGGGACCCGCCUGCAGUCAUGGAGAGCAGCAUGCAGCUCCUCAACCGGGACGGCCACAGCAUCUCCCACAACUCCAAGCGGCACUACCACGACGCCUUCGUCUGCAUGAACCGCAUGCGCCAGCGGGGCUUGCUGUGUGACAUCGUCCUGCACGUGGCCACGAAGGAGAUCAAGGCUCACAAAGUCGUGCUGGCGUCCUGCAGCCCCUACUUCCACGCCAUGUUCACAAAUGAAAUGAGCGAAAGCCGGCAGACCCAUGUGACACUGCACGACAUCGACCCGCAGGCGCUGGAGCAGUUAGUCCAGUAUGCCUACACUGCUGAGAUUGUGGUGGGAGAAGGGAACGUGCAGACGCUGCUUCCCGCGGCCAGCCUCCUGCAGCUGAACGGGGUGCGGGACGCCUGCUGCAAGUUCCUCCUGAGCCAGCUGGAUCCAUCCAACUGCCUGGGCAUUCGGGGCUUCGCGGACACACACUCCUGCAGCGAUCUGUUGAAAUCGGCCCACAAGUAUGUCCUGCAGCACUUUGUGGAUGUCUCCAAGACGGAAGAGUUCAUGCUUCUGCCCCUCAAGCAGGUUCUGGACCUCAUCUCCAGUGACAGCCUGAAUGUGCCCUCUGAAGAAGAAGUCUAUCGGGCUGUCCUGAGCUGGGUCAAGCAUGAUGUGGACAGUAGGCGGCAGCACAUUCCCAGGCUCAUGAAGUGUGUCCGGCUGCCCCUUCUGAGCCGUGACUUCUUGAUGAGCAACGUCGACACGGAACUGCUUGUGAGGCACCAUUCAGAGUGCAAGGACCUUCUGAUCGAGGCCCUCAAGUAUCACCUCAUGCCGGAGCAGAGAGGGGUCCUCAGUAACAGCAGGACACGACCCCGGCGUUGCGAGGGAGCCAGCACCGUGCUCUUUGCUGUGGGCGGAGGCAGCCUCUUUGCAAUCCACGGCGACUGUGAGGCCUACGACACCCGCACGGACCGCUGGCAUAUGGUAGCUUCCAUGUCCACCCGCCGGGCCAGGGUGGGCGUCGCUGCCAUUGGGAACAAGCUAUAUGCCGUGGGCGGCUACGAUGGAACCUCUGACUUGGCUACGGUGGAGUCGUACGAUCCAGUCACCAACUCUUGGCAGACGGAGGUUUCCAUGGGAACCAGGCGGAGCUGUCUAGGGGUGGCGGCCUUACACGGUCUCCUCUACGCAGCUGGAGGGUAUGAUGGAGCGUCCUGUCUCAACAGUGCCGAGAGAUAUGAUCCCCUAACAGGAACCUGGACCUCGAUCGCAGCGAUGAGUACCAGGAGGAGAUACGUCCGGGUGGCAACACUAGAUGGCAACCUAUAUGCUGUUGGGGGCUACGACAGUUCAUCUCAUUUGGCUACUGUGGAGAAAUACGAGCCACAGAUAAACACGUGGACUCCGAUCGCUAACAUGCUGAGUCGUCGCAGCAGUGCUGGCGUGGCUGUGCUGGAAGGGAUGCUGUACGUGGCAGGUGGCAACGACGGGACCAGCUGCCUUAACUCGGUGGAGCGCUACAAUCCUAAAACCAACACUUGGGAAAGCGUGGCGUCUAUGAAUAUCCGGAGGAGCACCCAUGACUUGGUGGCCAUGGACGGGUGGCUGUACGCAGUGGGCGGCAACGACGGCAGCUCCAGCCUCAACUCUAUUGAGAAAUACAACCCGCGCACCAACAAGUGGGUGGCCGCAUCGUGCAUGUUCACCCGGCGCAGUAGCGUGGGCGUGGCCGUCCUGGAACUCCUCAACUUCCCGCCCCCUUCCUCGCCCACCCUGUCGGUGUCCUCGACGAGUCUUUGACAAAGAGUCCGCUCGCGCCUCACCACAAGGGGACUGCAGCAUCUGUCGGAGCGCAAAGCCGGCUUGGCCUGACCCUUGUGGCAGCCACUCCCUGUGAAGGAAGGGAUGGGGAGCGUUGGGUGCCGUGCUCAAGAUCUUUCUAGUCAUCAGUCCCGACAGGAGGUUCGUUUCUGGCCAUUGUGGUGCAGCUCCGAGAAGGGAUUUCUGGACUGCACUUCCUUAACGCGAGAGCCCCUCCGGCAAACGAGGACCUCGGCCGCUUAGGUCUUCACCAUCUCCUCCAUCAUAGCUCCACCUGAUUUUUGUCUGGUAAUCUCAGACCAGUCUCAAUUAUUGUCUCCUGUUUCCACCACUGGAUGUGACCUCUAACUCCACCUUGUGCAGUGGAGCUUUAAGACGACGCAGGAAGGAAACAAACCCAAGAGAGAAGGACUCUUGCAGGCUGUGUCAGCGGCUGAAUGUAAGCUGUGAAUGUCACACAGUUAGCCAAAACUUCUUACCAAGCCUAUAGCGCACUGUUAAAAGACUUAACAGAGGCAAACGCCUCUCUCGCUGGUGU